UAGUCCUCUUCGUAUGGCAUUAAGACCGCGGGUCAAAAAGAUGAUGAAAUUGUAAUUAAUUAAGUGAUGUAAAUAUUUAGUUUUUUUUUAUUGGCUUUUAUGUAAAUCCAAUAGUUAAAUUUGGAGAAGAGCAGUGUAAUGUAGGUAGUUUAAUAAUUAGCCCGCACUUCAUUAUGUUGUUCUACCAAUAAACCAUUCUGCGAUAGUCCGUCGUUUUAUUAAGUACAUUACAUUUUGGCGCAGUCGGUUAUUUUAAUUAAAAUCAUGCCUUUUGGUAAAAUCGAGCCUUUUGACGUUAGUUCCCACAACUGGGAUGCAUAUUGUCGUCGGGUGAAGCAAUUUAUUGCGUUAAAUAACAUCAGUGAAGAUUUACACGUGGCCACGUUGGUAACACAUGUCGGCAUUGCAUGUUACGAAUUGAUGUGCGACUUGUGUUCCCCGGAUUUACCGGAAGACAAGAAGUUUGAACAAUUAGUGAAGAUUGUCAAAGACCACUUGGAGCCACAAAGGUCGGAGAUCGCAGAGAGACAUAUGUUCCGGCAAAGGAAGCAAAGGCAAGGGGAGAUAGUGAGUGAUUAUUUGAAAAGUCUAAAACAUCUCGCCAAACAUUGCAAUUUUCGGGAUUCUUUGGAGGUAAAUUUGAGAGACCAGUUUGUUUCUGGCCUUCAAAGUGAAGAUAUGAGGUCACGAUUGUUUGCCGAGCGGAACAUCGAUUAUAAGCGAGCAAUAGAACUCGCAUUGGCGCUCGAGGCAGCGGAGAGACAUGCAGCGGAGGCAGCGUCCGGGGCGAGUUCCAGCGCCAUCUCGGAAGGGCUGCAUCGCAUCAGAUCCUCACCAGCGCGCGCGGAGCGCGGGCGCAUGAAACGGCGCGAGGGAGCGGGUGGCGUGCAGGCAGACGCGGCGGCCAGGGCCGGUGCGCUGAGCCUCGAGGGCUCACGGCGCGGCUGCUGGCGUUGCGGGCGCAGCGGGCAUCCGCCGUCCCGGUGCCGCUACAAGUUCUACAGCUGUGAUUCGUGUGGGCAGAGGGGCCACCUGAAGGUCGUGUGCGGUAAUGUUGAUAAGUGUAGUGAUGCGGUUAUACAGAAAAACACAAAAGGUCAGUUGUUUUUUAAUGAU